AAAAAGUCGAAUUUCGACUGACAAAUCAACAGAACAGAACGAUGAGGUGUACAUGGAAGGUGCUGGCAGUUUGUCUGCUCUUGCAAAGCGUUUACGCUUAUCUACCGUUGAACAAUGAAUCACUAAUACCGAAAGGUGCCGAAAUAUUAAAAGAAAAUGCUGAGAAAUUAUUCGAAGCGUUAUUUCAACCGUCACAACGAAAAGAAUCAUUUCCAGACGACAGGAUAACUCAGAAUGAACUCCGAAAGAUAUGCGGUGACUUGUAUGCUAAACAAGUGGAGGACACUUUGUAUAUUAGCGGAUUUGGCAUUAGGAAAUGUAUGCGUGUCGAUAUCUACCUACUGGAAGCCUACAUGAAGUUUCAUGACGUUGAGCAAAUACAGCAACAAUUUCUGGAAGGCAUUGAACAAUGCUCUCUGCGCAACCCAACCAAUGCCGAAAUUAAAUGCUAUUCCCGUUUGAUCUCUAAGCUUUUCAACGAACUGAACUAUCUUUCAAGUGAUUUACCUCAAAAGGAAGAAAAUUGCAUAGACAUUAAAUUGUGGCAAAUGAUACGCGAAUUGGCGAAGGUAUCCUAUAAAUACGAACGCUGUCUGUCAAUUAGCAGCUCCAAUAAUAAUACAUCACCGCCACCACAAUGGAACUCCACUUGGGCGCCUCCCAACGCUACUUGGGCUCCACCCAACUCCACCUGGACUUCACCAAACACCAAUUGGACACCACCACAAUUGAACUCAACUAUAGCUCCACCGAACUCUACCUGGGCUCCACCACAAUGGAAUUCAACUAUAGCUCCACCCAACUCCACCUGGGCUCCACCACAAUGGAACUCAACUAUAGCUCUACCCAACUCCACCUGGGCUCCACCACAAUGGAACUCAACUAUAGCUCCACCCAACUCCACCUGGGCUCCACCACAAUUGAACUCCACCUGGGCUCCUCCCAACUCUACUUGGGCUCCACCAAACUCCACCUGGACUUCACCAAACACCACUUGGACACUACCUCAAUUGAACUCAACUAUAGCUCCACCCAACUCUACCUGGGCUCCACCACAAUGGAACACUACUGUUGUUGGAAAUACUACCCAAGUAUCAAUCAACGCGACUGCUGAAAGCAACGAUGAUACUGCAAAUCUGCCUUGGUAUUACCCACUUGACGCCACGGGAUCUCAAUUAACAACACAAAGUGAGUAA